ACAACUUAAUUGUUGUCUAACAAUACAACUGAUUGUUCCAAUCAAUUGGCUGUUGAAUCCAUAGAUCUGUUUCAGUGAUAGUUGUUUUUGUUUCUUUCAUUAUAAUAAUAAUCUGUUUGCCUCUCAAUGCGUUUACGACGGCAGCCAUUGAAGGACACAAUGUUGGACACGGAUGACGAGUCGAGCCGAUGUUCGACUGAAGCAGUGGUCACGUCGACCACAAGCUUGGGUUCGCUGGCCAGCAGUACUGUCCAAAUGGUCAACAAAAAGUGUGUGAAUCGCGGCAAAUGGACCAAAGAUGAAGACGAUAGACUUAAGCAAUUGGUGGACACCUAUGGCGAACACAACUGGGCUAAUGUGGCCACAAAUUUUGUCGAUAGAACUGACAUACAGUGUCAGCAACGAUGGGAUAAAGUGGUGAACCCGAAGCUGAUCAAAGGUCCGUGGACUAAACAGGAAGACGAUAAGGUUAUUGAAUUGGUCGAGAAAUAUGGUCCAAAAAAGUGGACUCUAAUAGCCAAACAAUUGGAGGGACGUAUCGGUAAACAGUGUCGCGAGCGAUGGCACAACCAUUUGAAUCCCGAUAUUAUUAAGACCUCGUGGACUGAAGAGGAAGAGCGAUCUAUUGUCAAUGCGCAUCUACAAUGGGGUAACCAAUGGGCAAAAAUUGCCAAACUGUUGCCCGGAAGGACCGACAAUGCUAUCAAAAAUCAUUGGAACUCUACACUCAAGAGGAAGGCAGAGGCCAUUAUCAGAGGUUCGCCGAAUAUACCGCAUAAACGGCGUAAUAGUAAACGUAACAAAAGUCUUAACAAUACUGUGACUAAUAUCGCAAAUAAGUUAAACGAAAACUUAUGUCAGUCUUCUGUGACUACAUCAUCGAUAACUUUGACUCCGGCCAUGGCUUCAUCUUUUACUAAACAGUUUGAAGCAUUUUGCGAUACAGUUACCAGUGCUAACCGAUCACUAAAUGAUGGCCUACUAUUCAAUCUAAAGCCGGUGCAAAAUAAUGGUUUUCCGUCCAAUGAAAACGAAGAAAGCGAUGACGGCCUAAAUGAUUUGAGUGAUCUAUUGUCACCAUUGAAUGCCGAUGUGAUUGAACGCGAACUGACCGAAUUGGCCUCGUCAACCGGCGGCGCGUUUUGUGAUCUUACCGUACAAGAACUGGUCUCUGCUAUUGACGAACCACUUAUGAGUUCGCCUCCAAAGAAUCCAUUGUCAGCACUCGAUGUCAAUCUAAACGAAUCGCCCAUUUCGGCGACAUUUCAUCCAACAAUACUGAAAAAGAGACAAACUCUUGUCGAUUAUCAAACGCCACCAUCGAUGAAGAAAUGUGGCAACCAUUUCAAUGAUAGUCUCAUAUCAAACACCACAAUAACGGCAUCGUUUUUGGCGCCGCCACCAACUUAUCAGGACUUCAAGAGUCUACCAUUUAGUCCGACACAGUUUCUGAACGGACCAACUCGUUCUAUCACUUCGACGCCAACUAACUUUAGUCCGUUGAAAAAUCGGUGCAUUCAGAGACCCAGCGAAUGGUUACCAAUGUUUGAAACACCACCCGCUUCUGAUGUCAGCGGCAUAUCUUUGAGAAAUAAAGAGAAUGUCUUUCCGUGUCGUAAAUCCCGUAAAUGUUUGUCCGCAACGUGGAGUUCUGGCGGUGAUGUAGCUGUUCCCGGAUUAACCACAACCAGUACUCCGGUAAAAACGUCUACUCAACAUAUGGAAAGUUUUCAAUUGAUUGAAACUCCGAGCAAGACUUUAAGUCACGAUUCGUCAUCCAUGUUGUUGUUUAGUCCGCCGGCUAUACUACGCGACCAAAUGACUGAUGGCAUGUGUUAUAAUCCAUCAAAUAGUUUACAAUCAGUGGGCAAUCAUACUAUGAGUAGUAGCGGUUAUAUAACACAAAGCAUGAAUGAUAGUCAUGACCAGACCUGUACGAUCCUCGGUGUUCAGCCACUAUCGGCGGCCAUCAUCAACACCAAGACAGCAGAUUCUGUGUCACAACGAAAAGUGAGAUUAAUGAAAGGCACGACAUGUAUAGCAAGCCGUUCCAAAGCCAUCCGAACCCACAGUACAACAACAGCAGCAACGGUGUCGUCCAGCAAAGCUCAGGCCCUGCAACUGCACUGGCAUUCAAUCGCAUGCGGCCGAACCCAGCAUCAAAUCGAGCUGACCGAACAGGCACGCAUUUGGGUUCAAUCGUACAACCGAGACAACCACCACCACCAUAUGGCCACUAUAACCAACAACAACAACAGUCACAAUCACACCAACCACUACAACAACAACAGGUCAACCCAAUUAGCCACCGACUGCAUCAUAACCAGCAGUCCCAACAGCACCAACACCUCAUUCCCGUACUUUUUAACCCCAUAGAAGGCAUUUACCACUAUUUCUAUAAUAAUUAAUCGCAAAGUUAUAUAUAUAUACAUAUUUUUCCCGAUUAAAUAGAUGCAAAAAUCUAAUUUAUAUAUAAAUUUUUAA